AUGGAGAAAAGGGAGAGAGCGGUGAAGCCGGCAACCCGGGACCUUCCGGAGAGCCUGGUGGUGGAGGCCCCAGAGGAGAGACAGGGGAGAAAGGAGAGUCAGGACCACCUGGAGCUGCUGGACCUGCAGGGGCCCGCGGACCCGGAGGAGACGAUGGCCCCAAGGGGAUUGGAUGGCUUGGCUGGAGACAAGGGAGAUGACGGAGAGGCCGGUCAGCCUGGUCCGUCUGGCCCUUCUGGAGAAGCUGGGUCACCAGGACCCCCCGGCAAGAGGGGACCCAUUGGACCAGCCGGUUCUGAGGGAAGACAAGGAGAGAAGGGAUCUAAGGGUGAGGCUGGAGCCGAGGGGCCUGAUGGUCAGACCGGACCUGUCGGACCCCAGGGGCCCUCUGGGAAACCCGGACCCGAUGGCCUGCGUGGAAUCCCCGGCCCUGUUGGUGAACAAGGACUUCCGGGUGCUUCUGGAAUGGACGGACCCCCUGGACCAAUGGGACCCCCUGGUCUCGCUGGUUUGAAAGGAACUGCUGGGGGUAAGGGAGAAAAGGGUCACCCAGGUCUGAUUGGUCUGAUUGGGCCGCCUGGUGAGUUCGGAGAGAAGGGAGACAGAGGCCUGCCUGGACCACAAGGAACUGGUGGAGGCAAGGGAGACACUGGUGUUGGUGGUUCUGCAGGUCCUCUUGGUCCUCCUGGACCUCCUGGUAUUCCUGGACCUGUGGGCUCUAAGGGGUCCAAGGGAUCAUCAGGUGGAGCUGGCCAGAAAGGAGACACUGGUGUGAUCGGACCACCCGGAGCUCCUGGUCCGCCUGGUGACAUCAUCCAGCCGCUGCCCAUGCAGCAGGCGAGCAGGAAGAACAGACGGCAGGCGGAGGACGACGGCGUGCAGGGCGACGAGGCGGGAGGCAUGGCGGACUACGGCAUGGAGGCCACAGCGGACAUGGAGGACGUGUUCGGGUCCCUGAAUAACUUGAAGCAGGACAUCGAGAGGAUGAAGUUCCCCAUGGGGACACAGGACAACCCUGCCAGGACCUGCAACGACCUGCACCUAAGCCAGCCUGACUUCCCUAACGGUGAAUACUGGAUUGAUCCUAACCAGGGCUGUACUGGAGACUCCUUCAAGGUCUACUGUAACUUCACCGCUGGAGGAGAGACCUGUAUCUACCCUGACAAGAAGUCCGCUGGCGUCAGAAUAUCUAACUGGCCAAAAGAGGCUCCUGGAUCAUGGUUCAGUGAAUUCAAACGUGGAAAAAUACUGAAGUCGGGCUACUCCAAGACGGUGAUGGAGAUCAACACUCUCGGUCGACCAGCCCAGCCUCCCUGUCUGGUAGCUCCAGUCCUCCUCUCCCAGCCCAGCCUCAUCGCCCUCCCGCCGCUCCCUGUUCCUCCUCGCCCCCAGCCGCUCCCUGUCUCCUCCCUCGUCCUCCCUCAGCCAGCCUCCCUGUCUCCUCCCUCGUCCUCCCAGCCCAGCUCCCUGUCUCCUCCUCGUCCUCCCCAGGCCAGCUCCCUGUCUGGUAGCUCCAGUGCUGCUCCAGAUACAACCACAGAGGUGAUUUUGUGCGGAACACAGAACACCAAAGGUGCUACAGAAAAAAAGUGA